GAUUCGUCGAGUGUGAUCGAAUUAAAAAUAAAAAUCUUGAUUCUCGAUGGUGUGUCAAUUAAAUCAAUUUUUUGGCAAAACAUCAUGAUGAUCCUUUGGACGAUACCUAUUGGACUUUUUUUUUUAAAUAAAUUCUCUUAUGGAGCUCAAGACUUCAGUUACGAUGGAAUUCACGGACCGAUGCAUUGGGCCGAAGAUUAUCAGUCCUGCGUUGGAAAACAUCAAUCACCCAUUAACAUAGAUGAACAUAAUGUACAAAAUCGUAUCUUCCCUCCAUUGGUUUUUCAAAGAUUGGAAGUUCCUCAUACUUCUUUAAUAACAAACAAUGGACAUACUGUGAUGAUCCAGACUAACAACAAGUCAGAUCCAGCUUUGGUUUCCGGUGGUCCUCUUGGUAACAACAUUUACGUUUUCGAACAACUUCAUUUUCAUUGGGGUGAGAACGAUUUUAAAGGAUCGGAAGAUUACAUCAAUAAUCAUCCGUUUGCUAUGGAACUCCAUGCAGUCUUCUAUAAACAGGAAUACGAUUCGAUGGCUGCUGCGGUCAAUCAUUCGGAUGGACUUGCUGUUUUUGCAUAUUUCUACGAGGCAGACGAUAAAGAAAAUCCGACUUACAAUGCUAUAGUUGAAGCAUUACCAAAUGUGGAGAUGGUUAAUAGCAAACAUGAACUACAAGAACCAUUGCUGUUAGAACACCUAUUGCGACCAAAUAAUUCUACUAUAGCUAAUUAUUUUACUUAUAAUGGUUCCUUGACUACUCCACCUUGUUCUGAAGUAGUCACGUGGAUCGAUUUUAAAGAUCCUCAAUUGUUAUCGCACGAACAGUUGGCUGCAUUUCGUAACCUUCGUUCGUCCGAGGGAAAAAAAUUAACACAUAAUUUUCGGCCGGUACAACCAUUAUUCGAUCGACUGGUUUAUCAUAACAUUUUAGACAACGAAAACUCGCAUAAACCUCCGAUCGACAAUAAAGAUAACUCACAGAACGGUGAACUUUCUAUUCAUAAUAAAGUAACUAUGUUGGUUAUCUUUUUCGUCUCAAUGCUUUUAAUAACUAUUUGAGUACGAAAA